UUUCACGAGCGCGCCCGUCAGCUAAGGAGAGAGACGUGAGUGUGAACGCGCGAAAGAGGAGGAGGAACUGGGGAAACGGAUUCGAACUCCGAUAGACCGAAGAGAGACGACAGCACGGAUUUCCUGUGGGAUAAGUGGACGGGCCUCACUGCUAAAACGAUGCCUCACACCAGAAGGUAUCCGUCUCCGGAGCGGGCCAGCCGGGGCAGCUACCAGGACCGGUACCGCGGACGCAGGGACCGGCGGCAGAGAUCCCCUUCCCUGUCCUCCAGCGGUGAGCGGGAGAGGAGAGGGGGCGGCGACCGGCGUGAGGACAGCUACCUGCGCUCCAGGAGCUAUGACAACCGCUCCACAGAUCGCAGGCCCUACGACCGGCGCUACUGCGAGGGCUACAGGCGUCUGGACUACAGCCGCGAGCGCGAGCGGGCGAGAGACAGGGACCGCGAGCGGGAGAGGGAGCGCGCCGCGCCCGAGGGCUACUACACGCGCGGAGACGCGGCCGCCCGUCCCUACGACUGCCGGCGCGACAGAGGGCGGGAGCGGGAGGAGUCGUACGGCCGGACGGACAGCAGGCGUAAGCACAAACGAAGGAGGCGUAGAACCAGGUCCUAUAGCCCGUCCACUUCGCGGACCAACAGCCGGACGCGGGCGUUGAGUGUGAGGGACGACGAAGAGGGGCACCUGGUGUAUCGGAGUGGGGACGUCCUGCAAGAGAGAUAUGAGGUUGUGAACACGUUGGGGGAAGGCACCUUUGGGAGGGUAGCGCAGUGCGUGGACCACCGCAGGGGUGGAUCCCGUGUGGCCCUCAAGAUCAUUAAGAAUGUGGAGAAAUACAAGGAAGCAGCACGACUGGAGAUCAAUGUUCUGGAGAGGAUCAAUGAGAAAGACCCAGAGAACAAACAUCUGUGUGUGAAGAUGUACGACUGGUUCGACUACCACGGACACAUGUGCAUCUCCUUCGAGCUGCUGGCGCUCAGCACCUUCGACUUCCUCAAGGAGAACAACUACCAGCCCUACUCCAUCGGCCAGGUCCGCCACAUGGCCUACCAGAUCUGCCAGGCGGUCAAGUUUCUCCAUGACAACAAGCUGACGCACACCGACUUGAAGCCAGAGAACAUCCUGUUUGUCAACUCCGACUUCACCAUGACCUACAACGUGGAGAAGAAGCGGGAGGAGAGGACGAUUACGAGCACGCUGGUGCGGCUGGUGGAUUUCGGCAGCGCCACGUUCGACCACGAGCACCACAGCACCAUCGUGUCCACGCGCCACUACCGUGCCCCCGAGGUCAUAUUGGAGCUGGGCUGGAGCCAGCCGUGUGACGUGUGGAGCAUCGGCUGCAUCCUGUUUGAGUACUACCUGGGCUUCACCCUGUUUCAGACGCAUGACAACAAAGAGCACCUGGCCAUGAUGGAGAGAAUACAGGGACCCAUCCCCUCCAGAAUGAUCCGGAAGACGAGGAAGCAGAAGUAUUUCUACCGCGGGCGUCUGGACUGGGACCAGAGCUCCUCCGCCGGGAGAUACGUCAGAGAGAACUGCAAACCGCUGAGGCGGUACCUGCUGUCUGAGGCUGAGGAGCACCACCAGCUCUUUGACCUGAUCGAGAGCAUGCUGGAGUACGAGCCCUCCAAACGCGUCACUCCCGCCGCCGCCCAGCGCCACCCCUUCUUCUGCCCCCUGCGCGAGGGGGGCGGCGGGGGCGACCCCGGGGGCAGCAAGAGCUGGGAGGGCAACCGGGACAUCAGCCGGUGACCGGGGGAAGCGGGGGAGCGCCAGGGAGGUCUUCCCCCGACCCAAGGAUUCGGCUGAAGAGCGCCCCGCUGCUCUGUUCUCCUGCCUGUUCUCACCUCCCCCCUGACUGGCCUCGCUCUCUCUCCCAGCCUCCCUCCUGCCUAACCGCACAGCACGUGCAGACAGGAAGAGGCGGGGCGCAGGCACGGGGGGUGUGGCCACCAUAUCAGACUUUGGGCUCAUUGGAGGGAGACUACUGGAGAGCGGUGACGUGACAGCGACACCAGCCAAUCCAUGUUAAACAGACUUGACCUUCGUGGGUGUUGGAAGGGGUGAAAGCAUCAGAGGGAGUGUUUUGAGAAGCCCACCUAAAAUCUGUCUGCUUCCAUCGUCUGCCUGGUAAAGGGUGGGGGAAGGGCUCAAACUGAACUCUCACUGCUGAUUGGACGAGAGGGACUGGGAGAAGAAGAGGGGUCUCUGUAGGCAUGCAGGUGACUGGCUGCGACUUUUAGACUUUUUGUGACGCAUACGUAAGCCGUUGGCUGAUCCCUGAUUGGAGAGGGCAGGUCUGGUGACGUCGCCAGGCGACGGUUGCUCAGCACGCCCGCCGUCUGGCCUGAGUGAGUGGCGAUGUGGCUCCACGCAUCCCUGGCACGCUCGCUCCCGCGCCGGCGGCCCGUGGGCCUCGGCCUGACUGACCGUCUGCUCCUCUCUGACAUGGCACCAGGGUGUUCAUCAAAACCGUGACCGGUGCUCCUUGUUGCUGAGUGGUUAGACGCGGCAUUGGUAACUUUUACAUGGUUUUUCAUAGCUCUUUUGGCGGGAAGUGUCAGUUCACACACACACACGCACGCACGCACACACACACACUCGCGUGCGUACUAUACACUUUCCUUGUGUAGAAUGUACGUGAUUGCAAAGAAUACUGCCUGUCUGACAUUAAUUGAAGCACAAUCUUACCUGCUGCAGAUAUUCUCUGUCACAGACACGCAGCCUACACGUUUACAGUAUUUAUUGGGAAGCCACAGCGGAGCGUCUGUUUUUUUUUGUAUGAAAUGAACUUUUGUAUAGACUGUAUAUAUGUACAAUUCUAUAAUAAACACAAGCUACUAUUCUG